AUGGAUGACAGUUCUCAUGUUUUUCUAAUCAAAGACAAAAUCCGUUGUAUUCAAAAAAAGAUUAUGGAUCAAUUAGCCGCUGAUCUCAAUAGCGCACUAAAUGAUGCUCAUAUCCUUCCGUCAUCAUCAUCAUUACCGAAUAUACCAAUAACAUCCUCAUCGUCUUCCGUAACAAUAACAAAAAUCAAGCGUCGACGUAAACGACCGGUCAACAAUGAGAUGCAGCAGCAGAAACUUGAUGUAUCCGACAGCACAACGCCUGAAAAUAGUCAAAGUCGAAGUCAGAAUAAUAAGCAAUCGAUUGUCAGUGAUAGUGACGAUAUGCAAAUGCAACCCAAAACGCAAUCAUCGUCAUUAGCAGCGGCAUCCGAAUCAGAUUCGGCGUCACAAACGGAUGAUGUCCAACGACGUCGUCGUCCGUUUAAAAAACCAAUCAUUCCACCGACAUCAACAUCCAUAUGGAAAACUGAACAACCGAUCAAAUUAACGCGUUGUCCAAGCGCCAAGGUUACGAGUAUUACAACAAUAAGUACACCUUUACGUCGUCGACGUCGCAAUUGUCGAAGUGAUAGUCAUUGCCGCAUAAGUGAUCUUCCUGCAAGUUCAUCAGCCGUUUCCUCUUCAUCGUCAAUCUCAUUAUCUCAUCAGAAUACUAACUAUGCUGGUAAACGCAAACGUUCUCGUACAAUAGUUCAUGACGAUUAUCGACUACGAAAUAAUAGUCUACAGGAUUACGAUAUGACGUGUAUUGAUGAUCAGAAUCUAACAAACUUCAGCAGUAGUAGUAGUUUAAAUUUAAGUGACAGUGAUAAAGAUCCGUGUUUAACAAGCAACGAGGCCGAUGAUGAACAAUCAGAUUGGCCACGAGAUGAAAGUAGCGUACCGCGUAUGAUAUCAUGGUGGGAAGAUAACAAUGAUAACAAAUCCGAUCAAGAUGAUGACGAUACUGAUGAGAAAAUGUUAACGACGACCGACAGUACCUUACAAAAAAUAGUGAACGGUGCACUCAGUAUGAUGCUAACAAAUUCCAAAACAACAGUUCAAAAUCGAAUCAAAACAUUUGUUAAUAGAGAAAUGUUAACAGGCAAUCGAAGAAAUCUUGGAUCGAAAAAUGCCUGUACUCAUCCUCAUCAAAAACGGCAUAUUCGCUUAUUAAAAGAAACUCGUCGCUCACACCAUAAUAGUUACAACCAUAAACGAGUCAAAAAUGACCAUUAUACAUAUAAAACCAAUGAGAUCAUUGCUCCAAUCGAUGAGACUAAUAUGGGUCAUCAGUUAUUAGAGAAAAUCGACUGGACUCCUGGUAAUAGUCUUGGUGUCAACCAAAAUGGCACUACUGCUCCUGUACAAAUCGAUUAUCAAAACUAUCGGCAAGGUUUAGGUUGUGAAAACGCGUCAAUGGACAUCAGUGAACGUAUGGAAAAUGAGCAAACAACCACAUCUCUCUCGAAUCAUCCAUCUCAUCAGUAG